UCUCUCAACCCCGCCCCGCUGGCCGGGCACCGCCGGAGGAGGUGCUCUCCUGCGGGCCCCCGCCUUCGGCGACCGAGGGCUCUCCGCGGAAGAGCCGAGGGCCGCGCGUCCGAGUCCAGGAGAAGACUUCCAAGAAUAUUUCCUUCCUCAUAUUGCUGGUCCACGGCCAGAUAGUCCCUAUUUAUCCUGAUGGUUCAAAGAGCUCCAUGUCUCUUUGAUCAAGUCCCAAGGAGAGAAGUUUUCAUUUUCUCAAAGAAAAGGCACAGAAUCGUAGCCAGUGGUAAUUACCGUCAUGGAGACCAAGAGCUCUAACAGCCUUCAGGAGAGUUCCACACCUGCCGGCACUGAGAGGACAUCAGGGGAUGGCAUUCAGUUACUCAGAGCUGUUAAAGAAGGAAACAUCGAGCUGCUCCAGCAAUUGCUGGAAGGAGGGGCUGAGGUCAACUUCCAGGAUGAAUGGGGCUGGUCAGCUUUGCAUAACGCCGUACAAGGUUGCCGGGAGGACAUGGUGAAUCUUCUGCUUCACUAUGGUGCAGACCCUUGUCUAAAGAAGAAGAAUGGGGCCACUCCCUUCAUCAUUGCUGGGAUUGUGGGAAAUGUGGAGCUGCUCAAACUUUUCCUUUCUAAAGGAGCAGAUGUCAAUGAGUGUGAUGAUAACGGCUUCACAGCUUUCAUGGAAGCUGCUGAGCAUGGGGAGGAGGAAGCCUUAAAAUUCCUGUAUGAGAAUGGGGCAGAGGUGAAUUUGAGUCGAAAGACAACGGAGAAUCAGAAGAGGCUUAGAAAAGGAGGGGCCACAGCUCUAAUGGAUGCUGCUGAAAAUGGACAUGCAGACAUCUUGAAGAUCCUCCUUGAUGAGAUGGGGGCAGAUAUCAAAGCCCGUGACAAUAUGGGCAGAAAUGCUUUGAUCUAUGCCUUUCGGAAGUCUGAUAAUGGAAACUUGGUGGACAUCAUUUCCCUUCUGCUGUACCACGGGGCUGAUGUCAAUGUGAGGGGAGAGAAAGGGAAGACACCCCUGAUCCUGGCAGUGGAAAGGGGGCACUUGGGUUUAGUGCAGAUGCUUCUGGAACAAGAACAUAUAGAGAUUGAUGACACAGACAGUGAGGGCAAAACAGCGCUUCUGUUGGCUGUCGAACUCAAACAGAAGAAAAUUGCUCAACUCUUAUGCAACAAAGGAGCCAGCACAGACUGUGGGGAUCUUGUGAUGAUAGCGAGACGCAAUUAUGACGCUCCCCUUGUAAAGCUGCUUCUCUCUCAUGGGGCCAGAGAAGAUGGUUGCCCUCCUGUGGAAGACUGGAAGCCUCAGAGCUCACGCUGGGGGAAGGCCUUGGAACAUCUCCGCAGAAUAUACCGCCCUAUGAUUGGCAAUCUCAAGAUCUUUAUUGAUGAAGAAUAUAAAAUCGCUGACACUUCUGAAGGGGGCAUCUACCUUGGGUUCUAUGAAGGGCAGGAAGUAGCUGUGAAGCGAUUCUCUGAAGGCAGCACACGCGGACAACAGGAAGUCUCCUGUCUGCAGAGCAGCCGAGUAAACAAUGACUUGGUGACAUUCUAUGGGAGUGAGAGCUACAAGGACUGUCUGUAUGUGUGUCUUGCCCUCUGUGAGCAGACCCUGGAGGAACACUUCGCCGCGUGCAGCGGGGAGGCUGUGGAAAAUGAGGAAGAUGUGUUUGCCCGAAAUGUCCUCUCAUCUGUAUUUAAGGCUGUUGAGAAACUCCAUCUGCUGUGUGGAUACACACACCAGGAUCUACGCCCACAAAACAUCUUAAUAGAUUCCAAGAAUGCUAUUUGCCUGGCAGAUUUUGAUGAAAGCGUCAAGUGGGCUGGAGAGCCGCAGGAAAUCAAGAGAGAUCUACAGGCCCUCGGAUGGCUGGUCCUGUAUGUGGUGAGGAAGGGAGAAGUCCCUUUUGAGACACUGAAGACUAAAAGUAAUGAAGAGGUGAUUCGACUUUCUCCAGAUGAGGAAACUCGGGACCUCAUUCGUUGCCUGUUUAACGCAGGAGACAACGUGCAGGGGCACCUGAACGGCCUGCUGGGUCAUCCCUUCUUUUGGAGUUGGGAGAACCGCUAUAGGACCCUGAGAGAUGUGGGAAAUGAAUCUGACAUUAAAAAGGGUGUGUUUAAAAGCGAGAUUGUCCAACUACUGCAACCUGAAAAAUCUGAAUGUUCCAGAAGUUUUGCCAGGUGGACUUCUAAGGCCUGGCUCAACCAAGGGGUGGAAAAGGGGACUUCCCUGCCUUCCUCUCCAGCCCGGUCCCCCGCUGCCCUGUUGGGUCAGAGGCCAGGCCUUCCUGACAGACAGACUCUCACCUGGACUCCUCCUUAGGAUUCCCUUAUCCCAGGCCAGGAGACUUUUUCCUUUCUUAGGGCUCUUUCCCUCCAGCGCUGGUUCUGAGAGGGGCCUGGCUAAUGAUCCUAUUACCGUUGGGACAAGAGUAGCUGAUUAAAUGAGGUUAUCCCCGAGGAGCUGCCACACCAUGGGGCUCCUCAUCCAGGGAGAGCCUGGCGGCCGCUGCUAUAUACAGCCCAGUUCUGAGCAGCUGCACACACCUCGCUUCCGCCUGAGAAAACACACCAUGAAGAAAAGGGGAUCUUUCAAAUUCCUCCUCUUCAGGAAAAGGUCCAUCUAAUGAACUAAAUACAGUAAAACAUAAAAAAUAAGUCACCAUCUCGAUCUAGUCAGUGCUAUCAGAACUUUAAUUUUUUUUUAAAAUUUAUUUAUUUAUUUACUUGACAGGCAGAGAUCACAAGCAGGCAGAGAGACAGCCAGAGAGAGGGGCUGGGGGAGCACGCUCCCCGCGGAGCAGAGAGCCUGAUGCGGGACUCGAUCCCAGGACCCCGGGACCAUGACCUGAGCCAAAGGCAGAGGCUCCAGCCCACUGAGCCACCCAGGCGUCCCUCAUUUUUUUUUUUUUUUUUUUUAAGAUUUACUUAUUUAUUUUCAGAGAGAGAGAGAGAGAGUGUGUGUGUGGGUGUGGGUGUGUGAGAGAGAGAGAGAGAGAGUGAGAGAGCGAGAGAGCAGGGAGAUAGGAGGGGGAGAGGGAGAUGGAGAGAGAGAGAGAGAGAGAGAAUCUUAAGCAGACUCUAUGCUGAGCAUGGAGCCCAAGGCAGGGCUGCAUCUCUGAGAUCAGGACCUGAGCCAAAACCAAGAGUUGGAUGCUUAACCAACUGUGUCACCCAGGCACCCCCGAGAACUUUCAUUAUUAUUACUUAGCAGACAUCUAUCAAGUACCAGUUACUUGCUGAACCUAUGCGAGCCCAUGGGCAUGUGAAGCAGAAUACAGCAUAGUCCAUGGGGGGCUGAGAGACCCACAGAAGCACUGCCUGUGUGAUGCACGCUGGGGAGCUCAGAGACUGUGCAAAGCACUAUGGGAAAAUCCAUAAUCCUCAGGUCUUUGACUGAGACCCACAGCUCUAUCCUAUGCCUGAUCUAGGACGGCUUCUCCCACACCUCUUUGUUUCUGGGUCUCAUUUUGCUUUCCUUCUCUCACUUACCUCUAGAUGAUACAUCACACUCAUAAUUGCUGCCUUGGCGUCCAUCUUUCGGGCUCCCCUUUAAAUUCCACAAGGGAAGAGACUAUCCAUUGUCUUGUCCACUGCUGAAUUCCUAGCAUGGAGUAAGAGUGCCAUAACUCUGGUAAUGAAUGUCUAUAAAACUUCAGCUAAGGGGUGACUAAGUGGCUCAGUCAGUUAAGCAUCUGCUUUCAGCUUAGUUCCGGAUCCCAGAGUCCUGGGAUUGAGCCCCAUGUGGGGGCUUCCUGCUCAGUGGAGAGUCUGCUUCACCCUCUCCCUCUGCCCCUUCCCCCUGCUUUCUCUCUCUCUCUCUCUCUCUCGCUCUCGCUCUCACUCUCAAAUAAAUAAAUAAAUAAAUAAUUUUUUUUUUUUUUUUUAAAACAAAAACUUCAGCUGGAAUGUAAACUUGUAGGAACAGAGAUGUUGGAAACCAAAGUAGAUAACAAUAACAGCUGACAAUUCUCUGGUGCUGACUAUAUGGUGGUUAUAGUUCCCAGGACUUUCUGAGAGUUUCCAGUUAAUCCUUAUAACAGCCUUUGAGCUAAUUACCUUCAUGUCACAGGUGGGCCCACGGAGGCACAGACAAAGCAUUUUUCCAAAGGUCAAGAACCAGCCCUAGGAUCUGCUGCCAGGCUGUCUGGCUGCUGAGGCCGUGUGCUAAAGCUGCUCACUGCAGGAAGCUGUGAUGCCAUCAAGUCCACCAAUGCAUUUCACGGCUGAGCUCAUGGAGACUCAGACGUGUGACCUGAAGUAGGCAGGGCUGGAGAGGUGGAGGUUGGCACAAUCGGGAUGGAAAACCCAUUCUUUCUUUUCCCAAUUCAUCAGUUUUUUCCCCUAAGCUUCACCGACUUAACGUUGAAUUCUGAGGCCUUCAAGUCUUAUCUCUUAGUUCCCCUGUGAGAUUUUGAUUUUCUGUUGCUUUUUGUGACUUGCCCAUUUUCAUGGUCGGUUGUUCAGUUUUGCGACCGCAUGGAGAAGCCAAGUUUUCCCGUGUUUGCUGCUGCCUCCUCUCCACAGGCCGCCCCAUCCUGCCACACAGACACGCUUUCUAAGUAUGACAGCUAUCGACACAGGUGCAUGCACAAAGAGAGAGGCAGUGACUUGAGAGAAGCUGCUCUGGGACACUUAGAGGCAAGGAGAAACAUGACACCUUCGGAAAUAGAAUUCAAAACAAAGUCAAACAAAAACAAGGACACUCGUUUUGGCAAUGGCUGCCAGGUUUGAUGUUAGUCUGAACGAAUCCUCUUCAAAGGGGAAACAUAACCAAUUACCAACUCGGGUGGGUGGCCACAAGGAUAAAAACUGCGUAAUAUGAUGAACAAAUGUCUCAGUAUAGUAGCCAAAGAAUUCCUAAACCAUGUUUGAAUACAUUUAAUUUCUCAUGGAAAAUAGUUCGCUUGGAAAAUAGAGACUGGUAUGUAGAAUUACUUAUGAUCCUUCAUCCAGACAGAACUAUGGAUAGCAUUUUGGUGUAUGGUAUUUACUUCCAUUUGUUUCUUUCUAUUAAUUUGCAUUAUUAGUUAGUGGUAAUUUGGGCAUAUACCCAAAUUUGCAAUUUGCCUCUUUGUAUUAAUGUCCCGUGAGGAUUUAUUCUGUGGUGCUACCACAUUUUUGUGUAAUGUUUUGUGUUUUAGAUUGACACAUAUGUUAUGGAUAAAAUGAAUGAGUUUUAUAUAACUAAAAAAAAGCCUGCUUAUAAGAACACUCUGAGUGAUCUGUUAAAGUUCAUUCGGAAUUUGGGAGAACAUAUUAAUGAAGACAAAAAUAAAA